AUGCCGACAUGUCGGUAUGAUGGAAGGGGAGAUCCAGGUAGAUACAUGACCUCAUAUGAGGGGCACAUGAUUUUAUAUACCAAUUCUGAUGUCGUUUGGUGUAAAGUAUUCCCCACCACUCUAGUUGGAGCAGCAGCCGAUUGGUUCAAUAAUCUUGAAAACGGAGCGAUUCAUAGUUUCCAACAGUUAGCCGAAAUGUUUGUGGGGCAGUAUGUUAGUAAUAGUGUUCGGCAGAGAACUUCUGGGGAGUUAAUGGCUGUUACUCAAAAGGCAUAUGAGUCUCUAAGGGAUUACAUAAGAAGGUUUAAUAAUGAAGCUAAUACAAUUCCGAGAUUACAACAGGAGAUAGCAGUCGUGGCACUAAUGAAUGGUCUGAAUGAUUCAAAAUUUAAAAGAUACUUAACCAGAAAAAAUCAGCCGACAUUAGCUGCAGCUUUCAACAAAGCUCAUGAUUAUAUAAAGAGUGAAUAA